AUGGAGUCCGCGCACUCACACGCCCAGCACAUCCGGCGUGCCCGAAUCUUCAUUCAGAUAAUCGCCCUUGUUGGUCUCAUACUCUCCGUUGCGUCUUCUGUUUCACUGGAAUUCUCGCUGCCCUCGCUCUUGAUAACCAUUGGAUGGGUUCUUAUCAGCAUUGACGGACUUUUCCUCGCGCGCGCGGCUUCACCAACGAGACAACGCAGCUACCACCAGCAUGCCGCUCAUCUUAUUUCAGAAGUUGCUCGAUGGGGCCAGCUUGCCUUCGCGUUGUGUCUUGCAAUAACAGGGACCUGCCUACCGCGACGGCCUGCUGUGUAUAAGGAUGGACAACCAGUGGAUGCUCAAUACACCUGCUCAGCCAUACAGAGAUAUACAUUUUCUUGGUCUCAGGGACUACUCAGACAGGCUCGAAAGGUUGGCAGGCUCGAGUACACAGACCUUCCGUUUCCGGACCACAGCACGAGAUCGAAGGUGCUUCUAGAGCGCUUUGCUGCCUUUCAAACCGUCGGGUGGCAGAACCCACUUUGGAAAGCAAUAAUCCGUGACCACAGGGCUGCAUUCGCUCGUCAAUGGUCACUUGCUGUUGUCGAGAGUGGCUUUAUGAUGCUGCCACCUGUGUGUCUGUACAAAGUGCUAGUGCUACUUGAGGGCCGAACUUCGGCUCAGUCCGCGGCUGACACUGAGGUCUGGCUAUGGGUUGCAUGCCUCGCAAUCUCAAAGCUCAUCCACUUUGGACUGGAUACUUGGCUGCAGUGGGUCAGCUUCGGAUGUCUGGCCACCCCGGUUCGCGCCCAAUUGUCUGCUUUGAUUUUUGCAAAGUCUCUUCGCUUGAAAAUUGUGGACACUGUUCAUGAAGCGGGAGCAAAAACCGCAAACCAAGAACAAACAAGUUCACUGCCAGUUUCGAACGAAAUCGAAGAGACACAUGAAGGGGAUACCCUGUUGCCAAGCGGAGGCGACGAGGAGCCUGCAAACAAUGAAGAAGACCAAGGGAAUGCUAUCAGCCGAGGGGUCGUCAAUCUUAUGGGUGUAGAUGUUGAAAGAGUUGCAGAUUUCUGCGGCUAUAACAUGGACUUGCUUCGCGGGGUGGUGAAGACAAUCAUUGCCGCUGGGUUUCUAAUUACCUUACUGGGCUGGAUGAGCACCCUUGCCGGCCUCGCUGUUCCUUUGCUACUGGAACCAGUGAAUCGUAUGGCCACGAAACAUUACACGUCCAAACAGCUCGCUGUUAUGAAUGCACGCGACAACAAGUCUCACAUCAUUGAAGAAGCUCUUCAUGGAAUGCGACAGAUCAAGCUUUCCGCAUCUGAAUCAGAAUGGGGUAAGACCUUGCUCGCCGCCCGCGAGCGUGAGCUGAAAGAGCAAAGAAAAGUCUACGUGUGGGCAACAUUUCUCACGUUCUGCUGGAUAGCGAUGCCCAUGUUGAUAGGUGCAACGUCGUUGAGUGUGUACGCAUGGGUAGCCCAGAAAAUGACCGCAUCGGUCGCUUUUACUGCAUUGGCCGUGUUUUCAAGCUUGGAAUUCACGAUUAGUGCGCUCCCGACGACGAUUACAGAAAUGCUAGACGCGGGUGUGAGCGCUGCUCGUAUCCAAGAACAUCUCGAUUCAAUUGAACGGGAAGAUAUUACCCAGCCAGGGUCAUUUGUUGAGUUCAAAAAUGCAGACAUUGCAUGGCCUUCGAAUGAGCUUGCUCCGAAAGGCUUCUUGCUUGAGGGUCUGAACCUGACUUUCCCGCCUGGUGAACUCAGCGUGAUAUGUGGCAAGACAGGGACGGGAAAGAGUCUGCUUUUAGCUGCCAUUAUCGGAGAGGCAGACCUUGUGCGUGGUGAAAUCGCGAGUCCGAAGUCAAACAACACAACACGCGAUGCAGACCAGCCGCUCUGCAAUGGCUGGAUUGUUCCCACCGCGGUUGCUUAUGUUGGACAGGUCCCUUGGAUAGAAAACGCCUCGGUCAAGGAUAUUGUCCUUUACGGACUUCCGUACGAUCGGCAACGCUACGCACAAGUAUUGCACGCGUGUGCGCUUGAUCAAGACAUCGAAAUGCUUCCAGACGGCGACGCCACGGAAGUCGGAGCUACAGGUGUGAACCUCAGUGGAGGGCAGCGUUGGAGACUCACAUUUGCCCGGGCUCUAUAUUCGAGAGCUGGAAUACUUGUCUUGGAUGAUAUAUUCAGCGCCGUGGAUGCCCACGUCGGGAGACAUAUACUAGAUCACGGCAUUGCUGGUGACUUAGGAGCCGGUAGGACUAUCAUUCUCGCCACCCAUCACGUUGGCCUAGUUGGGAGCCUCGCUGCAUACAUGGUCAACCUGGACGAUGGAACCAGUUCAAGGCUCAAAGGGAAGCUCAGAAGUGCCCGACACUUGACUCCCCCUGAUCAGCCCCCACCCUCAGUGGCUGCCCCGAACGAAUUGUUUCAUCAUGCGUCUACCCUUGUCGACUCCCAGCCAUCUCAGCCGAGGAAAUUUGUCCAGGAAGAAACUCGGGAACAUGGCCGGGUCAAAUGGAGUGUGUACCAGAUGUAUAUCGGGGCGUCAGGGGGCUGGUGGUUUUGGAUAUGCGUGAUGAGCGUAUUCACAAGCUCUGCCCUCGCAGUCAUAGGCCGCUCGUAUUGGCUUGCGCUCUGGACCGAGGCUUACACGCCGAAAAUGCCGAGCCCUCGAAGGAAAGAAGAUAAUAUGCCAAGGGCUGAUUCAUCCGGAGAGCCAAGUCUUAUGUUUUAUUUGAGCAUCUACCUUUUGAUAUCGAUGGUCUCGGCCAUGGUCAUUUGUGUGAAAGUGGUGCUAGUGCUUGUCGCCUCCCUUCGUGCUGCCCGCCACAUGUUUGAAAAGGCCAUCCACAACGUGCUGCGAGCUCCUUUGAGAUGGCUCGACACCGAGCCCACAGGACGCAUACUGAAUCGUCUCGUCGGCGACUUCGCCAUGAUCGACAGUCGACUUGGUGGGGAUAUGAUGUGGUUCUUCAAUGGAGCCUUCUCCAUCGGGGCCAUUGUGGCCACAGUGUUAUUUGUGUCCCUGUGGAUGCUGAUCCCCAUGGUAGUGCUCGCAUCGAUCUGUCUAUACGUGGUGGCCCUAUACCUAGACGGUGCCCGAGACAUCAAAAGACUAGAGUCGAGCGCCAGAUCUCCAAUAUUCGAGCAUGUCGGGUCCGCCCUUUCUGGCCUAGCUACCAUUCGCAGCUUUCGCAGAUCUGAUGACUACAUGGACAGGAUGUUUGAACACAUCGACAAACACACGCAGACUUCAUGGUACGUUCUCGUAAUGGGCCAAUGGAUGAGAUUCCGACAAGGAGCCCUGGGCGUUUGCUUCACUCUGGUUAUCGCUAUUGGAGUGGCCUAUCUCCCCGGGAUCAGCGCAGCAAUCGCUGGGUUUGCGCUGAGCUUCGCCCUUGAAUUUUCUAGCGUUGCGGAAGAGACGAUUACCCGAUACGCUUCCGUUGAACUGGCGAUGAAUUCAUCAGAGCGGGCCUACGAAUAUAUGAAACUUGAUACAGAGCCUGCCACUGGUGAUGCUGCACCUGAAGACUGGCCAUCGUCUGGUGAAAUAAAAGUCACGAACCUCGAAGUGAGAUACGCGCAUGAUCUAGAGGCAGUCUUGAAAGGCGUCAGCUUCCAUGUGCGUCCUCGCGAGCGCAUUGGAAUAGUGGGUCGAACAGGGAGCGGUAAAUCGUCCCUCACGCUUGCAUUGUUUAGAUUCCUCGAAGCACGAAAGGGUGCGAUCGAGAUUGAUGGUGUGGAUAUCUCACAGAUCAAACUACACGAUCUGCGCAGCCGCUUGGCUAUAAUACCGCAGGACCCGGUGCUCUUCUCUGGGACCGUUCGUUCCAAUCUAGACCCUUUCGACGAAUAUCUCGACUCUGUACUCUGGCAAGCUCUGCAGCGGAUCGAUCCCGAUCAAACCACGUCAAGCGAGGCUUCAUCUGCGCCAGACAACCAGACAGAGCGUGGGUCUGUGUUUCGGAAUCUUGAUUCUCCUGUGUCGCGUGGUGGCUCAAACAUAAGCCAAGGCGAGAAGCAGUUACUUUGUCUCGCGCGAGCAAUGAUCACGAGGCCCAAAAUCCUCGAUUUAGACGAAGCGACGAGUGCCGUGGACAUGGAAACAGAUGCAUUGAUGCAGCGCAGCAUUCGGGAGGAAUUCAGCGAUGCUACCCUCCUCGUUAUAGCGCAUCGCCUUAGCACUGUGGCUGACUUUGAUAAGAUCCUGGUCAUGAGUGAUGGUCGUGUUGUUGAAUUCGGCCCGCCUGGUGAACUGGCACGACAAGAUGGACAGUUUCGUCGCAUGAUCCAGCAUAGUGGCGAGAUGACGCUGCAACAUCUGCUACAGUAG